AUGGACGAAACAACAAUAGAACCAAUGAAACUGGAGGAUUGUCUGGCAAUGAAUCAAAACAAACGUUUCAACGACGUGGCGUUACUAGCAGUUGGAGAAAACAAAUGGGAAUCACAAGUCCCAACGCACUAUAGCUAUGGUUUUUUUGGAUCAACAUGCUAUCCCGUCAUCAAUUAUCAGAUCGAGAAGGGAUUCAUCCUUAUUGGAGAAGACUCUCAACUAUUCAGCGACUUUGGAGAACUUACAGGCUGUCCUAUCAAAUGGAACAAUUGCACAACAGAAAGACGAACAAUAUGGUGGAAUGUUAGUUCAAUUCAAACGCAAUGUCCAUAUGAAGAAAUUGGAACUUACAGCGCUCUCAAAAAAGGCUCGCACUUUCUGAUUAAAGAAUUACAAGCAUCGCUAAUAAUGGCAUCUUCCGAAAGGAACGACACCAAAGCCUGUCAAUUCUAUAAACCAAAAUUCAUGGAAAAUGACAUCGUUUUAUCAGUUCUUGCAAAAAGAGAUGUAGUGAGACCAAAAAGAAGCAAAAAAGAUAAUACCACUGAGAUAUUAAACCAAGAAAAAAUAUGGGAAGCCACCCAGCUAGAGAGUCCAGAGGAUUCCGAAUGGGAUCCCGAAAAUCCAAAAUUCCAAUUUAUGGUGGACGAACUACAAGAUGAAAUUAAAUCGCAAGUCAAUAUAGCUCUACGAGAAGACUGUGCAACGAGAAAUAUGGUAAUCGAUGUUAUCAAAUACAUCACUCACAACAACGCUACGACGGCAGCAAAGCUUUUACUUCAAAGAAAUGAUCUCAGAGCAGAAAGGGGUCAUGAGGGAUUGUGGAUCUCUCCCUGCAAGAACAACGAAACAAAGGUCAAUGAAUAUCCAAUCGUAUUCAAAGCGGGCGUCCUAUCUCAUUAUAAUCAGAGAAAAAUCGAUCUGGCGUUGAAGCUAAUCUCGGAAGAAAAAUGGAUAGCAGUCAAGACCAAGAGAAAAGAAGAUCAUCCAGAAGAAAAUGAAGAAGGAAUCAUCGCAACAGAAACCGAACAUUUCAUCGAUAGAGUAACGGAAGAUUUCAAUAUUGCAUCCCGUGGAAUUCAACAAAUCAUAGAAGAGUUAUCAGAACCAUGGGUGUUAAUUUCGAUAUCUAUUGUCGCAAUUAUCGCUCUCGCUCUAUUACUAAUGAUAUUCUUCCGAUGCAACGUAUUCCGAAUCGUAUUCUUGAUAUUCAAGAUAUGCAAAACUAAGCGAAGAAAGUGGGUAAGGCAUGCCGAGAGAAAGCAGAGUCAAUCAGAAUUGGAAGAGUUAAGAUCAAUCGAUAGAACAAUUCAACUCAAUGUAAUCCCGAAAAAAGCAAAAUCAACCACCAUAUAUCAAAAAUUAGAAUUCAGACCAAUGGAAGAAUCAUUCUAA